UGCUUGCGUUAUAGUAUGUUGCUCCUUGAAAAUUAGUUUAUACGACUAUCGGUAUAGUGUGUAUUAUUGAAUGGAGUUUUGAAUCGAAAUGUUAUCUUGUUUUCUAUUGAGUCAGUGUAGCACGGAGUUCGGUAGAGAGAGGUCGUCGUACUAUGGCUGGUUUGUGUGUAAAGUUAGUGGGAAGAGGUGGAAAGACCGGUAUAAGGUGUUUGUCCCACUAUCCUAUUGAUGAACAUGUGUUUGGUCUUUCAAGUGAGCAACGACAGUUGCGGCAAAUGGUAUUCGACUUCGCUCAAAAGGAACUGGCACCGAAAGCGACAGAAAUAGACAGGGAUAACAAUUUCGAAGGGAUCAGAGAUUUCUGGAAAAAACUUGGACAAUUGGGACUUUUGGGAAUAACAGCCAGUCCCGACUAUGGCGGAACAGGCGGGAAAUACUCGGACCACUGUGUCAUUAUGGAAGAAAUAUCAAGAGCCAGCGGAGGAAUAGCCCUGUCAUACGGCGCACACUCAAAUUUAUGCGUAAAUCAGAUCAACAGGAACGGAACACAUGAACAGAAGAGCAAAUAUUUGCCAAAAUUAUGUUCCGGUGAACACAUGGGUGCAUUGGCCAUGUCAGAGCCUGGCGCGGGCAGCGACGUGGUGUCCAUGAAACUGAGAGCCGAGAGGAAGGGGGACUACUUCGUGCUCAAUGGAAAUAAAUUCUGGAUAACCAAUGGGCCUGAUGCUGAUGUUUUAGUGGUGUACGCAAAAACAGAUUUUUCAAGCAAACCUCAACAUGGAAUAACAGCAUUUCUGAUCGAGAAAGGUUUCCCUGGCUUCACCACGGCGCAGAAGCUAGACAAACUUGGCAUGAGAGGCUCCAACACUUGUGAGCUGGUGUUUGAAGACUGCAAGGUACCGGCAGAAAAUGUUCUAGGUGAGAUAAAUAAGGGCGUAUAUGUACUGAUGUCAGGGUUAGACUUGGAGAGACUGGUUCUGGCGGGAGGCCCAGUUGGUUUGAUGCAGGCUGCUGUGGACACAGCUUUUGAAUAUGCUCACACUAGGAAACAGUUUGGGAAAAACAUCGGAGAAUUCCAAUUACUACAGGGUAAAAUGGCGGACAUGUACACAACGCUCAGCGCGUGUCGCAGCUACCUCUACAACGUCGCGAAGGCUUGCGACGAGGGCCACGUUAACAGCAAGGAUUGUGCUGGAGUCAUACUGUACUGCGCUGAGAAAGCUACUCAAGUCGCUUUGAAUGCUAUACAGAUAUUAGGAGGAAAUGGGUACAUCAAUGACUAUCCUACUGGAAGAAUAAUGCGUGAUGCAAAACUCUACGAAAUAGGAGCUGGAACAUCUGAAGUCAGAAGAAUGCUUAUUGGGAGAGCACUAAACAUUGAAUACAAAUAAGAGAUCUGCCAAAAGAUAACCACAUCAAAUUUUAUGCAUUUAUCCUAAAAAUUAAGAGGUAGGGUACUAUGUAUUGGACAUAGUCAUAGAAAAAAUAUAUUUGUUAUACAAAACAACUUAUUUUGAUAUUGAUCUUUAAUUUUACAAUUUACAAGAACAUGAAUGUAAAUAAUAUUUUAUUUUGUAAAUAAAUAAAAAUAAAUAUAUUUACAAACCUUA